AUGUUUUGCUAUGACAAGGACAUUGCAUUGACUGCUUUUGACCGUAGCGAGGAGGCCGAAGUCGCCCAAGCCAAGUUCGAAGUAGCUCGUGAAGCCGUACCGAUCUCUCACCCGAGCCAUCUUCCCACGCUGGGACCAGGACUUCCCCCAAUCGGCUCGCCCAUGCUGCCAGAAGAACUCGAGUACCGAAAAGUCGUCUUUGAGGCAGCUUUCGAGAUCCUCAGAGAGGCACCCUUCCAUCCCGCGCUGGGUGUCCGUCUACUUGAACAAGGCCACGCCGAGCAGGCCGAAAUCGGUUAUCGUAAGGACCUAGGAGCGUCUCGUAAGGCUGGCAACGACGACGAGACGACAAUGGUCAAGCGCGGCCGGGACAUUGCCCUGGCUUCUGCGGACGUCCCCAUCGCAGCAUCCUGUUUCCGCGCCGCGACAGCUGUGAGAUGUACUCCAAAUGGUACUGGCUGUCCUAAUAUGGGUGGAAUGCGCGAGACGUGA